AGCAGCAGCCACCGCCGCCGCCACCGCCACAGCAGUGGCAGUAGCGGCAGUGGCAGCGUUUAGCAGUAGUGUUCCCAGCGCUAGCGGCAGUCGCAACCGCCCUCCGCGUCUCCGUCUCGCGGACAGCCGCAGCCACCGCGUGCAGAGCGGGCUCCGGGCACCGCCGCGCACAGCCGGCGAGCCGGGCAGUGCUGGCGCGGGCGAGCGGCGCGGUGAGAGGAGCGCUGUCCUGGGAGCCGGCGGGCGGCUGUGGAGCCUCUGAGUUUCGGCGACCGAGCCCGACAGCUCUGCCUCCAUCUAGUGCGGCGGCUGCGGCGGAGCCAGAGUGAGCGAGCGGAGCGAGGCGCGUCCACCUGGCGGGCCCCGCGCAUGGAGCAGAGGCAGAGGAGGCGGCAGUGAGCGGGAGCAGCAGCGGCAGCUCGAGCAGCUCCGGCGACGGCGGCAGCCCAGCCUUGACUGCGACCGUCCCAGCUCGGGACGCCGGCAGCAGGGACCCACCAGCGACGUGCGCCUCGGGAGGCGGCCUGCGAGGUGCUCUGCAAGCUGAGAACUGACUUCAGUCUCCUCUACUUUUUUAUUAGUUUCCUGUUGGACAACAUUUGAAAUUGGAAUGAAACAGUAAGAGGAUACAUUCAUGGAUAACCAACAAGAUAAAGUUAUUGCUGCCUCAGCCAAUGGAGAAAACAAUCUGAUUAAUGGGGUCAAAGAAAAUGACUCAGAGGACCAGGAUGUGGCAAUGAAGUCAUUCGUAGCUCUAGAAGCUACUACUCCAAUCCAGCCUAUACCAGUGGUACAAAAAGAGUCCCCAAUGUUUCCCAGGGGUCUUCUUCCUCUGCCAUCUAAGAAGCCGUGUAUGCAGAGCCCUCCAUCUCCUUUGGCCCUGAUUGAAGCACCCGAUCAUUCUGCUAAUAGUGCUUCUGUGAAUGCCAUCUCCCUCACAUCUGGAGUUGCAAAAGGCCUGAACACAUGGUCACUGCCCAAUGAGUGUGAGAAAGCUCCAUUUGCCAUAAUGGAACCUGCAGGCAUGUCAGCUCUGAACGGAGACUGCCUCAUGCAGCCAAGCCGGACUUGCUUAGGUUGCUUCAUGGAAUCAAAAGAAGCAGUAGAUCCUGAACCAGGGAUCAGUCUGAAAGUCAGUGAUCUAAAUCGAGAUUAUGAAACAUGUGCAGUCUCUGACAUAGGGAUUCAAUGCAUUAAUGCUGGGGAAAACAUUAAGUAUGGAGAGCAGCUGCUUUCAGACCAGCUGUUAGGCUUCCCCCUGCAUAAGUCAAGGGCAGGAGAUAGACGAGAAUCUGAGAAACCUGACAUCGACUUGGAAGAUCCAACUCAGAAAAGUUAUUAUGAGGCAUUACUAUUAGAUAAGUGCAACACGGAAGAAGCUUUGCUGGCAAAUUCCAAUCAGGAUUGGGGUUACUUUGAGACUUUUAUUAGUGAGAGUAAGAUUGAGCUACUUGACCUCUGUUCCAAGAAUGAACUGUCUGUUAACCUUUUCUCUGAAGAAGAUGUGGAAAACUAUAUGUUCGAUGAUGAUGAGUCAACCCUGGGCAGUGAUGUCUGCUCCCUCAAAAUUCGAUAUGAGUCCUUUCAGGACAAUGUUCGAGACAAGACCACUCUUCUGAUGCAGGAAGAUGCCCAAUUCAAUUUUUUCCCCAGUGUCUUUACUACGUGUCCCAAGCGGGACUCUAAGAGUGGAAUCCUCAAGCAGAGCAGUGAUCUUUCUCAAUUCAAGGUCCCUGAUGUGAGCAUCAUCUGGGGAGAAGAAGAUAAAAACUUGGACAAGAAGAAAGGCAAAGAGGAAGUACAUGAAGACAAAAGCAUAGAGACAAAAGAUGAAAAAGAUAAUGGAGAAAAGCCUGCAUUAAACAAUAAACCAUGUAGUGGUCUUGAGGUAGAGCAGUUUAAGAACCUAAAGCCUGACCAACUUACUAAUUCCCUGGAGACAUCAGGGAAUUUCAGUGAUGACAGUUCCUUCAUUGAGGUCUCAUAUGAUGCCAUGGGGGAGAUCAAAGACUGUAGCCGCUAUAUGGCUCGGGACACUAAUUCUGGAAGUUCAUCCUCCCAGCAGAACUAUGGGCUGCGAGCCAAGAGAAAAGUCAGAUACAGCGAAGAUUAUCUAUAUGAUGUUGACUCUCUAGAGGGGGAAAAAGUAAAUGAGAGAAAGGAAUGGCCUCCAGGUGGUUCCAAAGAAGAAGAUGAUGAUGAAUGGUGUCCCAAAAAGAGAAGAAAAGUAACACGUAAAGAGCCCCCUGUUAUUAUUAAAUAUAUCAUUAUCAACCGUUUUAAAGGUGAGAAGAACAUGUUGGUGAAGCUAAGUAAAGUAGAUGCCAGUGAAACAACAGUAAAUCUGAGUGAGAAUCAGCUCAGUAAGUAUGCCAAGUUAUCACCUUUGAAAGGAUUCUGGCAAAAGAAGAAAAAGCAGAAAAACAGCAACACAGACUCAGUCAAAACACCCUUAUGCCAAAAGCAAAGCUUUGAACCAGGUAGCUUUGAGGUGUCAUUCCUGCCUCCUGCUCGUAAACGAAAAUCUAAGCUUGGCAGCAGACACAGGAUUCAAAGGAUCCAAUCCGUGGAAACUUCAGCAAGUAGUAAGCAGGUUUCAUUCUGCAGUGAUCAGAAACAAGCUUGUAAUCGCAAAGAAGAUGGUGUAAAAGGGACACCAAAAUCAGCACUUCUUACUGACCCAAGCUGUGCCAAUGGAUCACAUUUACGUGGCCUCAUAGUCCCCGACUCAGUGAAAGUCAAAGCUCAAGAUACAGAGUUCAAGGGCCCAGAGAGGAAAGUGCUUAACAAAAUUAAAUUUAAAAGUGAAGCUAGGUUAAAAUCCAAAAAAAUCAAAGCUGGACAAGAAAACAAACCAGUUGUUCAAAUGAGCCCUGUCUCAGAAGACACAUCCUCCAAGGCUAAUUUAAAAAAUGAAGUCACUCCUGGAACCUCAAACAGUUCCCAUAUGUCUGAAUUUCACGAGACAAAAGUUAAGAAUUCCACUUUCCUACCCACCACCUGCUCUUCUGAAAUGCCUCUAUCAUCUGCUAAUGUUGCCACUAAUAUACCUGUUAUUCCUGGAGGGUAUCUGCAAACACUGUUAGAUGCUUCUGACUUAUCAAAUAAUACUAGUAUCUCAUACUUCACCAACCAUUCUGCAGAGCAAAAUGAAGGCAGCCUCACUCAAACGGAAAAAGAAUUUGUACCUCUCCAGUCUGCUCAAGACUGUGUGCUGUCCUCAUCUUCUGAUUCUCAGCUGCAGCAAUCAUCUCAGACCUUCAAAAUGGAAGCAAGCAACUAUGGAAGUUUGUGGCCCGACAAGGAUACAUCUGGCUCCCAGGAGUUCAUGACUGAAGUCUCAAGGGAGAUAGCCACAAACCAAUCUAGUGAAUUUGAGGCUUCCCACGUUGUCUCCAUGGAGAAUAACCUCACAGCUAUAACAUACAGUCCUGUAUGCCUCAAUAGUGAUGCCAGUGGUUGCAACAAGGUUCUGUAUGCCUCUGUGCAGGACUCACAUCUCCCACCUGACGACUUGUAUCAAUUGUGUCACUUUAAUAAUGGAGAGAUCUGCUUUCCGUUCCAGCAGGGCCCACUCAGUACAGAUGAUGAUGGCCGGCUCUUUAGCUUUGAUUCGAUGACUUCCCUUACUGUUAGUUCAAGCAAUUAUUGUUCCUUAAGCUUGAAAUCCUGUGAAAAGGAUGGUGAUGAUGAAAUCAAUGAUGACUUUCUGGCCCACUGCAGCCCCAAACUGGUGAUCCAGCAGAGCAUUGAUGAAAUAGCACCACUAAAGGAGUCCACUGACCUCCUUGACAUCUCCAACUUCACUCCUGACAAGUUCCGACACUCUUCUCUCUUAGAAAUGUCUCCCCCAGACACCCCCAGUCUUUCUCCUCAGAGUACCAGAUGUGAGAGUAUCAAAACACUAGGAACAAUGAAAGGAUUCCAAGAAGGUGUCCCAGGAUCGUUGAGCACCGUGGAAAAAGUCAAGUGGGACUGUAAUACCCUUUCACAACAGGCCCAAGCAGAUGAUGGCUUUACAUUAAAUAGCCAUCAGUUUCAGUUCCAUAUGUUCAAUGAUGAGGACUCUGUUGGCCUGCUCCAAAAAAGCCCUUGCCUGUCAACAUUUGAUGAGUCAGCUGGGCAAAUUAAUACUACCAGCAAAGUGUCAAAAUCAAGAAAGAAAACUUCACCUGGCAAGAGUGGGGCUGUAAGCCAAAGUUCUUCUCAGAAAAAUUCCAGGAAAAAAUCGCCAAAAGCAAGCAACAAAGGGGUUGAAAAGCCACCUAGCAAAACCUCCCGCCAGGUUCCUAAAUCAACAAAGAAAGGGAAAUAUGUGGCUGCUGUCAAUGGAGAGAAAAUGCAAAUUGGGAUUGGCCAUAGUGGGGGCCAACCCAAUAGUACAUCCUCCAAUGCAAAGACACUGACUGAAUGUAUUCAACAUGGUGGUCCUGUUGCCUCUAUGAAGAUACCAAGUCAGAAGGGACUUUCUGGAGAUUGGGCUUUGGGAAAGGAAAGCAGGCCAGGAUGGAAUGACAUGAGUGUAGUCACUAAUACCAACAACCUUCUGGAUGAUGACCAACGAGAGUUUCAAGAGCCUUCCUAUAUCUUAUCCAAUAUUGCCUCUGGUAUGGCAGAUGUGCAAAGAUUCAUGAUGGCCUCCAUGGAGCCCCUUUGGGAACCCAUGGAGCACCAAGGGGAGUCCAACACAUUCUACUCCCCUGAUUCCAAUAGCCUAAAAUUAAAAACCCUCAAAAUACUGGCUGGAACACCACAAGAAUCUAAGAAAAAGAUUACUAAUGGGUCUUCAGGAGCUACUAAGAAUCACAGGUCAGUCAAAGCUGUGAGCAAAAGCAACGGGAAAGCGGCAAUUGGUGAGCCUGGUCAUGCAGAUAUGCCUGGGUCCAGUGAGGACUCUCGCUCUGCCUUCUUUGAUAAAAAGUACAGUAAUGUGAACACUUUAGGCAAUAAUGGACCAACACACAAAAAAUUAUAUCGUCACAAAUCCAGCUCCAAGGCCCUGCGAGAUGAGAAAUAUAAGGGAAAGCGCGUGGAACGAGAACAGGCCCACAAGGAUGAGGCUGGAACAACUUCUUUUGAAAAACUGAGGGAUUCCAAGUACAAUCUCCUAAAAGCAGAAACAGCAUUUGGGGUUUUACCUGUGUUUGAAGAAGAGACUCACAUUUUCCAGAAAGACAUUUGAUGUUUGUGUUUUCUUUCUUUCAAAAUAAGCUUUGUGCUGAAUUUUUGCUUAGAAUCACCACCUCAGCCUGUAUUGUGAUCCCCAAGACUCCAGACCUCAAACUCAUCUUGCUUGGUUUUAGGAAUGGAGUGCUUUCUAUGUAACCAAAAAGUGGAAAUUAAAGAAGAAAUAAAGAAAAUGUUCUAUGAGUAUAAUGUGUUUUUAUAAAAGUAAAUAUGGGAGCAGUUGUCCCAGAUUUUUUUAAAGCAUCAUGAUGUUCAGCUUUGGAGAAUGGGGUAAGACUGGGGUAGGAUAGCUUGAAACUGUUUCUAACAGUUUCAUUGUCAGAACUUGAUCAUCAGUCCUUUGGAGUGGAUACUCUUUCAGUUGCUCCUAUGGAGCCCACUAGGGGCCAAUUUUAGGGCAUGGUUCAUAUCUUUCUCCAAAGAGAACUGCCAUUUUGAAGCACCUUUUUAUCGGCCUGCCAUGCAUUGUAUGUUCUUAACAUAUAAACUAGUGACUUGUAACCAGUCAUUUUGUAUUGAAACAUAACAAGAAAGUGAAUUUGAGGAGUGUGCAAUAGACCAAGGCAGAGAUGCUUAUUGUACACUAUGCUCUACAUUGUUGAGCACUUUGCAUUCUGUUGGUCCUGCCUCUGCUCUCAGAAUUAUUUUCCUUUCUGUCACAACAUAGUAGGCCAAACUUACUGGGAGAUCUCUUAUUCAACCAGCUGCCUUAGUGGAGUGAGGACCAAUGUAUGAAAAUAGUGUUUUGCCCUAUCACUGAUUUCUUCAACUCAAAAACCUUGGAUUUUCCUUGAUCUGAAAUUUCUGACUACUCCCUUCUAACCUCUCCUUUCUGAGAAGCUGCAUCCUAUUAAUGCCUCCUCUUUGGAGUCUCAUUUAAUCUUUACUUUCCUGGAAAUUAUAUCCUCCCUUGUUCUUCUUUCUUGACUUUUAUCAGUCUUAGAAUUUUUCUUCUUGUGUAGUAUUCUAUUCAAUAUCCCAGACUGUCAAAGUCUAAGAACUACAGCUAGAGGUUUUCUUUUGGAAGUUUAGAAAACUACCUUUCCUGUCUUAUUCACUCAAAAUACAAAUGCACGAGCACAUGCACACAUACCAUUGAGAAAAGACUGAAACUGCUUUCUCUUGAAGGUGUGUGAUAACAGGUCCAAUCUCUUAUUGUGGUCAGGUGCUGUACUACAUGGAGCAGAGUGCAGAUACAAUGGCCCCAGCUAAGGGUCUUCAAGACAUUGAGGGUUGUGUUGGGACUACAGUAAAUAGCUUGAACCUGUGGCCAUCCUCUAUGCCUCUCCAGUGUCUCAGAUCUCAGCUGCUUCACAUAUGCUGCUCCCUCACAGCUUUCCCUACUGACUUCUUGCUGCUCUGUGCAAUUAUAUGUUAAGGCCUUAUCUUUUCCUAUAUCUUUUCAAACUUUCUGCACUACUUCAUUCAUCACUUCUUUAGCCAUCUCUCUGAAGUCCUUGGUGCUAGGUGGGCUUUUGUGACAAAAAUUUUCACCUUCUCUGACUCUUUUCUUUGCUGGGAAGAAUCGUUGGGGGGUAGGGAACACAAAGGAGGGUAUGUGUGUGUAAGAGAGAAGCAUAAAGGAUGCUUCAAAUGCUGUAAUCAACUCCCAUCCUGUGUUAUUUCACGUGAGGUCUUGCAGUUCUAGUGAAUUUCCAUUUUAGUGGGUUUGAAAUAGUGUUUACUGCGUAAAGGAGAAAAGCAUAUCCAAGGACCUCUUUGCCUUGCUCUUACCAAACUGAACUAGUGUUUUGGAGAUCUACAAUUUAUAGAUGCACUCAGAACAGUUCUGAGAAAUGAGGAGAGUUAGAGUUGAAUUUCUAUGCUGAAGAGGUAAAUGGAACACUAGCUAGUCCUAGCUGUUGCUAGAACUAGAAAUGUUUGUUUUCUCCUGUUUGACUGAAAGGUUGUCAAAUUUAAAGAGUUUUCAUUUUCAUUUAGGGUUUUUAAUGCUGCCAGUCAUAACAGAAAUAUCUCCUUUUGUAAAAUAAAACUAAUGCAAGUUUUGUUUUUUAAUCAUAAAAUUCUCUAAGCCAGUAUUAUGUUUAGAAGGCUUAGUACCAAAAUCAAACAUUUUCAUGACAAACAGAGAUCUUGUCAACAUAAUGUAGGCCAGGGAUUUUAUAGAGAUUUCUCAAAGACCCAAGUUAAGGACAGAAAUUAGUUGAGAUGUUUAGUUUGGGAAACACUACCAUCAGAUUAAGAGUCCUCAGCCAGCAUGGAGUUAUUUUGGUGACUAUGCAGGCUACCCUUUAAGACACAGUUUUCACUCAACAUUAAACAGUAGCUACAGUCAUGAUGCAGAGAUCCCAUUGCAGCUAUAUGAUACUUGAGGUGUACUCUUGGUUUGAGAAUCAUAGGUAAAUGAUAAAACACUGGGGAAAGACACUAUAAGAGAGUGGCUUAGUAGAAAGUUUUAAGGAAUGAAUGAGGCUUUUAAAAAUCAGUGUUUUGGUAAAUCAAUACUAAAUACACUAAAGAAACACUCACCCGUACAAUAUGAAAAGGAUGUCUGUGUAUCCAACAAGCUCAGGGUUCUCUGGGCCCACUGAAAAUGAAGAAAGGUAACCAGGCAUGGAGGCUCAUGCCAGGAACCCUAGGCAGGAUUGUUGGGAGUUCCAGACCAGUCUGGUCUAUAGUGUGAGACCCAGUCUGAAAAAUAAAAAAAUAAAAGAAAGAAGGAGGAUG